AUCAUCCAUGAUCAACAACAACAACAACAACAACAAAAUAAUAAGAAAAAAACAAUCGGUUAUGGAAUAGGCAAUGUUUAUCAUCAACAACAACUACAACAACUACGAAUGGCUUCCAUUAAUCAACAUCACCAUAACAGUAAUAAUAAUGAAAGUAAUCAAGAACAGAUUGAAAUAGCAAAUGAUAAUAAUGAUGAUAAUCAAAAUCAAAAUCAAAAUAAUAAUCAAAAUUCAAUCAAUUUUAAUGUCUGGAAUGUAUUUCAUCGUGUUAAACAGCUUAAAAAGAAAAAGAAACGUAAAAAUAGCUGGGAUUCGAUUAAAGACAGCGAAUUUGAUGAUUUGGAUGCACCAAAUGUACAUUUUCGACCAGAAGCACUGGAAACAUUAUGUCAAUUAACAAAAUUUACUAGAAAAGAAUUACAAAUGAUUUAUCGUGGUUUUAAACAGGAAGCACCAAGUGGUGUUGUUCGUGAAGAUAGUUUUAAACAUAUUUAUUCACAAUUUUUUCCAAAAGGUGCUGAUGUUAAUCAAUAUGCACAUUAUGUAUUCAAUACAUUUGAUCCAGAACGUACCGGUAUUGUAACAUUUACAGAUUUUGUUAUCGGUCUUUCAGUAUUAUCAAGAGGAACUAUACAGGAUAAACUUAAAUGGAUAUUUAGCCUGUAUGAUGUAAAUUGUGAUGGUAUUAUUAGUAAAGAUGAUCUUAGUCGUUUAAUUAUAUCUGUUUAUGAUUUAUUGGGUAAAUCAGUACAACCACAAGUUGAUGAAACAACAUAUAAACAACAUAUUGAUCGUGUUUUUAAGAAAUUAGAUCUAAACAAUGAUGGUAUCGUUACAUAUGAAAUAUUUGUUGAAGCUUGUAAAAAAUUAUCGAAACAACAAAAAUCUCGUUUUAUACGUUUGGUUGAAGGAUUUAAAAAAUUUAGUAAUAAAUGGUUUAGUCAUGUUUUAUUAUUAUUAUUUCUGAUUUUAUAUGGUUUUUUGGGUGCUUAUAUUUUUAAACCAAUCAAUAAAAUGCGUGAACGUAUCAUUAAAGAAUUAUGGUGGAAUUCAAAAAAAUUUUCACAAGGUUGGUGGUUACGAUUAGCUAAAAUACGUUUUAAAGAAUUUGAAAAACAACUUUAUGAAUCUUGUUUAUCUGAUCAGACAACCGAUUCGGAAAUAAGAGUAUGGAAUUUUUGGCAGGCAUUAUUUUUUAGUUCAACAAUAUUUACAACGAUAGGUUGGUAAUUUUCUUCACUAAACACAAUCCAAAAAGUCAAUUCAAUCAAUUUAAUCUCCAAUCUUUGAUCUUUGAUCUCAGGUUAUGGCCAUGUUGUACCGAAAACAGAUGCAGGUCGUGUUGCAUCAAUUAUAUAUGCAUUUAUCGGUAUACCAUUAUUAUUAAUGGUAUUAACAGAUUUAGGAAAAUUAUUUACACGUGGUAUUAAAUUUAUAUUUAAAAUAUUUCGUCGUAUUUAUUAUACAAGGCAAUUACAAAAAAUGCGUAAAGCAACUAAAGAACGUACACAGUUUGUAUCGCAAAAAAUCGAUGAUGUUCACCGGAAGAUGUCGACAGUAGUACCAUUGAAUAAGAAUAAAAUUGGAAAUAAUGAAUCAGGACUGCGACCAACAGACGCUGAUGAUGGCGACAAUGAAACAAUACCUGAUUUUGAAGUGGAUGAUGAAUUCAAUCUACCAAUUAGUGUUGCAGUCGUGCUUCUAUUAUUAUAUAUGAUGAUGGGUGCUGCAAUAUUUACCAUAUGGGAAAAAUGGACAUUUUUUGAAUCAUUUUAUUUUGUUUAUAUAUCAUUAUCAACAAUUGGUUUUGGUGAUUAUGUCCCCGAACAUCCGGCAUUUAUGAUGUGUACAUUUAUUUAUUUAUUAUUUGGUUUAGCAUUAACAUCAAUGUGUAUAAAUGUUGUACAGGAAAAAUUGAGUGCAACUUUCCAGAAAGCAAAACUACAUCUAGGUGCUACAAUGGGUUUAGAUAUACCACAAAUGGUUGAAGAAGAUCUUAAUCAAGAUAAUAUUUCAAUAAGUUUUAUUUCAACAACCGAACAAUCUCAACAACAGCCAAAACCAAUAUUAAAAGAACAGGGCGUCGGUGAUUUAUUCAAAGAACGACGACAGAAAAAACGUAAAGAAACCGGUAUUAUGAAUGAUGAACAUCAAAAACAAAAUGAAGAAACAUUGGUCAAUUCAAAAACAUUCAAUGAUGAUAGUAAUGAUUCAAGUAUGAAUCGUACAAAAACCGUUGAUUUUGAAUGAUUUUGAAAUGAUCGAAUUGGAAAAAAGCAAUCGAAAAACCAAUCGAAAAACCAAUCGAUCGGAUUUGAUUUUUGAUUAUUUGGUGCCUGAAAUCAUCAUUAUACAAUAAUUCGAG